AUGGUGGUUGAUGCUGCUGGACCAGAAUUGAUGAGUCAAUUUGAAGAACACAUGGAGGAGCCUCCGAAUGCAGAAGCUAAAAAAUUUUAUGAUUUAUUACAGUCUGCUCAGCGCCCAUUAUUUGAGGGAUGUAUUGAUCAUUCAGAAUUAUCAAUGGCAGUUAAAAUGUUGAGUAUAAAAGCUAAAGGGAAUGUAUCUCAACAAAUCUUUGAUGAUUUCGUGAAAGCUAUGAAAGAAGUGAUGCCGAAGGAAAACUUACUUGUCUCUAAUUUUUAUGAAGCAAAGAAGCUAGUAUCGAAACUUGGCAUGGAAAGCAAUAAAAUUGAUUAUUGCAUUAAUGGUUGUAUGCUGUAUUACAAUGAGGAUGAUGUACCAAGAAAGGAAUGUAAAUUUUGUCAUUCUCCAAGGUAUAAGAUAGGUAAAAAGGGUAAACAAGUGCCUUUGAAACGAAUGCACUAUUUACCGCUUAUACCUCGUUUAAGAAGACUUUAUGCUUCAAUGAACACAGCACCUCACAUGCGAUGGCAUUUUGAUCACGAGUUUAAAGGAGUUAUUGAGCAUCCAUCAGAUUCAAAAGCAUGGAAGUAUUUUGAUAGAAAACAUCCACAAUUUUCUCAAGAACCACGCAAUGUCAGACUAGGAUUAUGUGCUGAUGGAUUCACCCCUUUUGGUCAAUCUGGUAAACAAUAUUCAUGUUGGCCAAUAAUUGUCACUCCUUAUAACCUACCUCCUUCUAUGUGCAUUAAAACUCCUUACAUGUUUUUAUCCAUGAUUAUCCCUGGUCCUCGUAAUCCCAAAACUAGGAUUGAUGUAUACCUACAGCCCUUGAUUGAUGAGCUAAAACUACUAUGGGAAGAUGGCGUUUUAACUUAUGAUAUUCAUUCCAAGUCAAAUUUUGUAAUGCGAGCUGCAUUGUUGUGGACUAUUAAUGAUUUUCCUGCAUAUGGAAUGUUAUCUAGAUGGAUGACAGCAGGCAGGCUAGCAUGCCCAUACUGUAUGAAACGAACAAAGGCAUUCCAAUUAAAAAAUGGGGGAAAGCCAUCAUGGUUUGAUUGCCACAGACAAUUCUUGCCAGAUAAUCACAUGUUUAGAAGAAACAAGGAUGCAUUCUAUAAGAAUAGAAUUGAAAGAUCAGAACCUCCGCCAAGAUUGACUGGAGAGCAAAUAUGGGAUAUAGUUCAGAAUUAUGAUAAGAUAAGUGAUGUUGAGCAACUUGAGAUAGAAGGAUAUGGAAGUAUGCAUAAUUGGACCAAAAGAAGCAUAUUUUGGGAUUUGCCUUAUUGGCGUCAUAAUUUAAUCCGUCAUAACCUUGAUGUAAUGCAUAUUGAGAAGAAUGUAUUUGAUAAUAUAUUCAAUACUGUCAUGGACAUCAAAGAGAAGACUAAAGAUAAUGUAAAGGCUAGAAUGGAUCUGUCAUUAUACUGCAAGCGAAAAAGUUUAGAACUGCCAGUACAAAGUGGAGGUAAAAUUAUAAAACCCAAAGCAAACUACACAUUUACCCUCCAGCAAAAGAGGGCAAUAUGUGAAUGGGUGAAAGAGUUAAGGAUGCCUGAUGGAUAUGUUUCAAAUUUAGGGAGAUGUGUUGACAUGAAAGAGGGCAAGUUAUAUGGAAUGAAAAGUCAUGAUUGUCAUAUAUUUAUGGAACGUUUACUCCCAAUCGCUUUUAGUUCAUUGCCAGAGCAGAUAUGGAAGCCAAUAACAGAGUUAAGUCAAUUCUUUCGAGAUUUGUGCUCAACAUCGUUACGAGAAGAUGUUCUAAAUAAGCUAGAAGAAAAUAUUCCAAUUGUGCUAUGCAAAUUAGAAUGUAUUUUUCCUCCUGGAUUUUUUGACUCAAUGGAACAUCUACCUAUUCAUUUGCCAUUUGAAGCAUUGCUCGGUGGUCCUGUGCAAUAUAGAUGGAUGUAUCCUUUUGAGAGGUUUCUCCAUCAUCUUAAGAAAAAGGUCAAGAACAAAGCACAUGUUGAAGGAUCUAUCGUUGAAUCAUACCUAAUUGAGGAGAUUUCUCACUUUUGUGAGUACUAUUUUAACCAAACUAGCAUCGACGCAAAGCAAAAUGAUGAAAGUGAUGAUUCAAUUGAGCAAAAUUUGUCUAUUUUUAAUUUGCCUGGUUGUUUGGUUGGUGAAUGCAAAACUCGUUAUUUAGAUGACAAAGAAUUCAGUGCAGCCAUGAAUCAUAUACUAAUAAACUGUGAUGAAAUUAAGCCAUAUAUUGAGAUCUUUGUGGACUUCAUACGCCAAGAUCAUAUUACUUUAAGUGAUGAACAAGUUGAUCAAUUUAUUGAAGCGGAUUUUGCAGAAUGGUUUAAAAAUUAUGUUCAUGAUCCUUUAAAUAAUGUGACAGAUUCGAAUAUUCAUUCUUUGGCAUGGGGUCCUUUGAGAAUUGUUAAAUGUUGGCCUAUCUACAAAGUCAAUGGCUUCAAGUUUCACACAAGAUCUCACUCGAGUGGAAAGUCAACUCAGAAUUAUGGAAUAUGUGUCAAAGGCACAGGUUAUGGUGAAUAUGAAAAUGAUUUCUAUGGUCAGCUUGAUGAAAUUAUUCAAGUUGAGUAUACUGGGCUACCACUAAAAAGAGUUGUACUAUUUAAAUGUGAAUGGUUUGAUCCCACGAUCGGCAAAGGAACAAAAGUAAACAAAGAGUAUGGAAUCAUACAGAUUCGAAAGAAUCGACGAUAUGUUAAAUAUGAUCCGUUUAUCAUUGCACAUAAAGCAAUUCAAGUAUAUUUUGCACCUCAUCCAAUGAGCAACACCAGAGAAAAAGCAGAAUGGUGGUUUGUAUUCAAGACUAAAGCAAGAGGUGAGAUUGAGAUUGAAACAACGGAGAAUUUUGCAUAUCAAGAAGAUGACACAAAUCAAUCUAACAAUCAUAUCUCAAAUGAUAUUGACAUUAUUGUUGAUUUACUGGAUACCAAUAGUGGUAAGUAUCCGGGGGUGUCAGCUGCUUCACUUAGGUCGCGUUUUAAAAGUAAGAACUUGGAGAAAGAGGUAUCGUCGUCCAAUCGCAAAAAAGGUGGUGGAGCUGGAGAAGUUAGUCAACCUCGUCAGGGGCGGAGGAAGGUGAUUGCAAAGAAGAGGAAAUCGAGCGUGGUCGAUGUUUCUGAGGAUACUAGCGAGAAGGAACAAGGUGUUUCUUUAGAGGAGAUUCAAGCUUUUGUUGUGAAUCAGAAAAAAGUUGCAUGA